GUUGGGCGUGGGGCUAGCAACCCAAGCAUGUAAAACAACCCACAUUACAGAAACCGCAAAUGCAGCAUGUCGUCUGCUUUGCCUCGGAUUAACUCUGUGACCUUGUGCUGUGAACUAGAUGGGGGAGAAGGAAAGAAAGCACUGUCAGCGGUAGGCAUGCGCUUCUCACGAAAACUUGUAGCAGUCGGUUUUUUCCGAAGCAUACGGUAGUGGUUGUGCCUAUAUAUAUAUCGUCUCGUUGUACACUGUCAGCGAGAGCAAGACAACCGCCAUCACAUAGCUGACAGCCGGAGAAGACGGAGAAAUGACCGCUCCAUUGUUGUUGUUGUGUCUCCUGCCCGUCGUGGCAGAGGCCAUGUUGACUGGGGGGAUAGCAAACUCCACGGUGGAUCCUAACUCUGAACCAGUGAGAUAUGCUGUCAGCAUGAUAAAUAACUAUUUCCGAGCAAACGGCGACCCAGCUGUACGACGUCUAGCGGAGAUCGUCAACGCUCGGUCACAGGUUGUCAAUGGAGAGAAGCUCUACCUUACCCUUCGUCUUACCGGAGAUCCAAAGGGAGACGAUUUCUGUAAAGUUGAGGUGUGGUACCGCUCGUGGAUAAAAGACGCGAGCGGCCUUGUGCUCACUAAGAUCCCCGAGUGCUCCAAGAGUCCCAUUAGACGACCGUUACUUGGUCGUCCCAGCACCCGUAAAGUUCUGGGGACCAGUCCUGCCAAGGAGGUGGCCGAUGCCCUUAACUUCGCUGUCUGCGCCGUCAACACCGCCAGCAACGACAUGUUCUUGUCGGUGCUUGGUGACUCGUCCGGUGUGACGUACACACAGCAGAUGACCGCUGGGACGACCUACCGCUUUUACAGCGUGCCCCUUCUGACGUCAUCAUGCACGAAGACGGCCACCAGCUGUCCGCAGACCGACCUCUCGGCCUGUGCGGUUUCUGAUAACGCCAGGACCACAACCUGUGAUUUGGUUGUCCAGUCCCAGCCAUGGCAGGACCCUGUUUAUUCCUUAACAGAAAUGAAAUGCAGCUAGGUGUGCGCAGCAGGGAUGCCGGGUGACCGCAGACUCCAUUCACUUGUCGGCACCGCAGUUAAACAUAAAGAUAGCCGCCCAUAGAGAGUAAAGCCUCCACCGCUUGCCGGCAAUUACUUAUUUUUUUAAUUCUAGAUUAGAUCACUUCUUCUAAAGUAUCUUGGCUUCACUGGCACAUCAACAGUUUGUAUUCAACGGUUUGUGCCUUCAUUUUUGUAUUGAGAAGACCUUUUUAUUCGCCGAAAUCCACUUCACUAAAGCACACAGCUGAAAAAUUAACCAAAAUUCCCAGUUUUUUGCAUUAGAUAUCAGGCUCUGUGUACAAUGAAAAUAAAUAAAAACAUAUUGAAAAAGAUA